AUGUCGCUCAAACCAAAGCUAGCGGACUUGGAACAUUUCUCUCUUGAACCAAGGGAGACUGCAGCAUCACGUUGGGAACAAUACAUCAAACGGUUUGACAACUUUUUAGUUGCCACCAACAUCACUAAUCAACUCAGGCAGAGAGCAAUGCUGUUACACUGUGUGGGUGAGGAACUGUUCACAAUAUUCGAAAAUAUUCCUAAUCGAGCUGCUGAUAAUUACGCUGCAUGCAAGGAUGCAAUCAAAGCUUAUUUCCAACCAGCCAAGAACAUUGAAUUUGAAACCUAUACCUUUCGUCAGGCACGACAAAAGCCGGAUGAAUCGACUGACCAGUAUCAUGUUCGGCUCAGAAAACUGAGCUUACAUUGUGAGUUUCAUGAUGUGGAUCGUGAGAUUAAAUCGCAGAUCGUACAAACUUGUCGUGACUUUGAAGUUCGUCAAAAGGCAUUGCGGGACCCCAACCUCACCUUGCAGCAACUCUUAGCCUAUGCUAGGGCUAGAGAGGCUAGCGGGGUUCAGGCCAAGGCUAUGGUUGAUGGACAGGAGUCUGCAAAACAUGGGACUCAGGCUGGUCAAUCAGCAAAACCUAGAUUCAAUCCGAAGAAUAGACAGCAUCAUGUAGGUGAUGAUUAUGAAUACGACGAUAAUCAGAACCUGCCUUGGGAGACCACUUACAACUUGUUUAAUACGGAGUCCGAGGAUCCAAACAAGUUCUCCAAGCGAAGAAAGCAGGCAUGGGCGGAGUCACCUAUCACGCCAUAUACCGUCGAUGCUGUUAUCAAUGGCGUGGAUAUAACUUUCGAACUCGACACCGGGGCUUCGAAAACCAUCGUGAGUCAGAGUGAAUUCGAUAGACUAUGCACCGGCACAGAAACUUUAAAUCUUGAACCAGCUUUGAUAAGGCUACGUACUUACACCGGCGAACAAUUUCGACCAUCAGGCAUGUGUGUAGUUCCUGUCACGUACGAGGACCAACAGACGGAGCUGCCUCUCCUAGUCGUGCCCGGAGAUCGUCCAAAUCUGCUGGGACGAGACUGGAUGUCUAAAUUGCAUCUGAAGUGGCACACAAAUUUCGAGACUCAUUGUGUGCAUGAGAAAAUAAAUCAGCGCAUCAGUGAAAUCAAAGUUGUGUUGUCGAAAUAUUGCGACUUGUUUAAACCAGGCCUAGGGAAGGUCGACGUGAAAGCAAAACUUCACAUUGAUCAUAAUGUUGUACCAGUAUCUCAUAAGCCACGUCCAGUGCCAUAUGCACUUGACAGAUUGUUAGCUCUCGGUAUCUUGGAACCUGUGGCUCAAUCAGAUUGGGCUGCACCAAUUGUGCCUGUUCGUAAACCAAAUGGGCAAAUUCGUAUCUGUGGUGACUUUCAACUCACCGUCAAUCAGGCUACAAGGGGGAACCAAUACCCCAUACCAAAGAUAGCUGACCUGUAUGCCAAGUUGGCCGGAGGUCAGACCUUUACAAAAAUUGACAUGUCAGAUGCCUACCUACAAAUGGAGUCAGACGACGCUUCGAAACAGCUGGCAGUUAUCAACACACACCGUGGUUUAUUUCGCUAUAACCGUCUAGCUUUCGGCAUUUCUUCCGCGCCUGGCAUAUUUCAGAGAACAAUGGACAAUUUGUUACAAGGACUUGAUCAUGUCGUUGUGUAUCUCGAUGAUAUCUUGGUUACGGGCAAGACCGCUCAGGAGCACCUGGCUAAUCUUGAGAAAGUUCUGCAACGGUUGCUAGAUGCAGGUUGGCGGCUAAGAGAAGAAAAAUGUACAUUCCAUGCUGAUGCUGUUGUUUACCUGGGUUAUCGCAUUGAUAAGGAUGGCUUGCAUCCUGUACUUGAAAAGGUGGAGGCCAUUGUCAAGGCCCCACCACCGGAGAAUAUCCAACAACUGCAGGCAUAUCUCGGCAUGCUAAACUAUUAUGAACGUUUCUUGAGAAAUCGUGCAACUGUGUUGGGACCAUUGCAUGAACUGUUACUCAAGAAGGACCUGGCAUUAGGGUCCUGA